UUGGGCAACGUGGCCAAACCCGUCUCGUGCGCUUGUGUUCAUCAAGGAGGCAACAACAGCGUUUGCCAGCAGAUGUGUACGUCGCCACCGAGAAGCAGUGCGAGAACUUUCAACUACCGCUGGAUCACGGUAACGUCGGAGCAAGUCAAAGCUGAGACGCGAAACAGAGGACUUCAGCGCUGGGCGCCAGUCGCAUCACGGCAACAUGCGCCCGGUGCCGACAGUACCCGACGUCGCAGUGCCAGCAGCCACGCCGCCACAAUACAGCCAACAUCCCCACUGUCCGUGGUCGAUCACGUAUCCUCUCACGAACUAUACGUUCGGCACGAAAGAGGCGCUAUAUGAACGAGACAGUUCUGUGCCGGCGCGGUUCCAGCGCAUGCGGGAAGAGUUUGAGAAGAUUGGCAUGCGGCGGUCCGUCGAGGGUGUCCUGCUGGUCCACGAGCAUGGUCUCCCUCACGUAUUGCUAUUACAACUGGGAACCACAUUUUUCAAAUUACCUGGCGGGGAACUCAACAUGGGAGAAGAUGAAGUGGAGGGGCUAAAACGACUCAUGACUGAGAUCCUGGGCCGGCAAGAUGGUGUAAAGCAGGAUUGGGUCAUAGAAGACACUGUUGGCAACUGGUGGCGUCCAAACUUUGAACCCCCGCAGCCACCCAGUCAGGGCAGUGGUGACGUUGCAUACAUCACCAUCCUUUCCUGCCGUCGUACCCCUAUGUUCCACCGCAUAUCACAAAGCCCAAAGAACAUAAAAGGCUGUACCUUGUUCAGCUUCCUGAAAAGGCGCUUUUUGCAGUCCCUAAAAACUACAAGUUGGUGGCUGCACCAUUGUUUGAGCUCUACGACAAUGCGCAAGGAUAUGGCCCCAUCAUCUCCAGCCUCCCGCAGGCUUUAAGCAGAUUCAACUUCAUCUAUUUGUGAAUAAUGAAAUUGGACGUCUCAAAAGAAAACUUUCUCUUCUGGCAUUUCACACAUCAGUCUGGCCAUAGGGAGCUCUCAUAAAGGCUUCUGUUAUCAUCCAUGAGUAAGGGACGUCAUGCCCAGCACAUCUCCAGUGCGCCCACUCAUUUGCAGCCAGCUUCACCAGCCAGAGCACUCCAGCUAUUUUAUUUCGUAUUAGAAUAAAUGUGUAAAGAUACUUACUAAGCUUUAGCUUUA